CUUAUUUAAUGAUUUACAAAAACAUAUGCAUCUAGUUACGUUUGUAAAAAAUAAAGCUUAAAAUCUCGUUUAUAUAAACUAAAGUAAGAAACUUGCGGUACUUAAGUUAUUCAAAAUUAUUCAUAUUCAAGUUAAUAAAUAAUAACUAAUAUCCUAUAAAAAAAAUUUUGAUGUCUUAUAUUAAUUAAUACAAACCAUAAUGUUUCAGUAUUAUGUCAAAAAACAUAAUUUUAAUGUUCAUUCACAUUAGUACGCACUAAAUAGAUGUUUGCUUGUUUACCAUCUAAUAUCACUACGGCAAAGUCGGAGGAAAUCUAUUUGCUUUAACAGAAAGGUAUAUAGCACUUCCUACACAUACUUCUAACAAUCAAAUAGCAGUUAACGCCGUACAUAAUAUUUAAUAAAUUAACUGUGAGAGUUUCACGGUAGUUCAAACAUUACAUCAUCCUAUUACUGCUUUGUUGUAACUUGUUAUUAUUCUUACACAUAGAUACAGUGCUAACCAAGGGUAUGAUUAUGCAAGUGCCUAAGGCAAUACUUUAUUCAUUAACAGGCUAGUAUUCAUAACGAGCUUCGUACACGAAGUUACAGUGCGUCUCAAAAUCGUCGUCUAAUGUAAUGUAUAAUCAUAUUUGAAUUUCUUAAUAAUAAAAAUAUCUAAGACACUUCUAUGUAAAAUUUUACUUUACGUUGAUAAAUAUAAUUAAUAUAAUUAACGUAUAAUUCAAAUAUAGGAAUAGCCAUAAGAUGCUAUGAAACCUUUAGUACAAUCAUCAUUUAUGUGGAUCCACCUGUAACUUACCUUGUGAAUAAUUCUCGUUGAACUCUCCUCUUUGCCCUUACAACGCGCAAACGCAAAAUGUUACAGCGAAGGGAAUUCAUUGGCAUACGAGUGUGCAAGGAGAAUUUAUCACAUAUAGCCAACGUGUUCUCCGUGCUAAUAACGUGUUUGCAACGUAUAUACAACAACCAUCAUCGCUAUGACAUUGAAGAUCACGCCAGUCAGAGCUAUACUCUUCAUGAAGAUCAGCGUAGUAUUGACGUGCGCCUGGCCACCGUCACCAAAAUUAACGAAAUCUAACGUUAUCCUUUUCAAAGCUUGCUGGUAUAUGUGUUACUUCUGCGGUAUCUUAUUGUUACUUCCGCUGUUAAGCUCAGUUUAUGAGUAUCGUGAUGAUCCCGUGAUUUUAGCAAAGUCGGUUUGUCUCUCUUGUGCAGUAGUUCAAGUGACGAUUAAAAUGAUGUUGUGUCAUAUACAGUAUACUUCCUUUCAAAUGCUUUAUCAUGACAUGGAAACAUUCUGCAAGCAGGCGGAUGAUAAAACAAAUAUUAUUUUGCAACGUUAUGUCGACGAUUACAAGUAUACAUACAGUACUUAUAUUUUAUGGUGUUAUCUGACUGCCAUUGGCGUCAUUUGCGGGCCAUUGUUUCUUCCGCAACAGUUUCCGACUGACGCAAAGUAUCCGUUUUCCGUGGCACAUCAUCCGGUAAAAAGUAUUAUUUAUUUACAUCAGUCAUUUGUCGGCUUACAAGUCUCAGCCGGAAUGUGCAUCGAUUGCAGCAUUGCGAUUCUUUUAUUCUAUUCCGCGGCAAGAUUAGAAUUGUUGGCCCAAAAAAUCCGCAAUGUCAAAACUGAGUGCGAACUCGAUGCAUGCAUCAAGCUACACAAUGAAAUAUUAAAGUACACUAGCAAAAUGAUUACCGUUGUGAGGCCUUUGAUUUUGACUACGAUAGCAACGACAGCUAUGGGUGUUGUUUUUGGAAGUUUAAAUAUGGUCACUGAGCAACCAAUAAUGGUCAAGAUCCAAUAUUCCAUCGUAGUAUUUAGUGCCAGCUUGGAACUCUUUAUCUGCGCUUUUCCAGCUGAUCAUUUAAUGCAUAUGAGUAGCAAAAUUUGCCUUGGAGCAUAUGAGUCGAAAUGGUAUCAAGGAAGUGUAAGCAUGCAAAAAAAGAUCCAUCAAAUUAUUUUCAGGUCACAGAAACCUGAAGUUGUUCGGAUUAAUGGCAUUCUUCCAGCUUUGUCAUUACGUUAUUACGCAAGGUUUUUAUAUACAUCCUGUUCUUACUUUACUGCAGUACGUAUAAUGGUCAAUGAAAAUAUCAUAAAUUAA